AUGCUCUCCACAUUCCUCCUCGCCCUGCUGCCCCUCGUGGCAGCAACAUCCUCCUCGAAACGCGGUCUCGUCUUCACUCCGAAUUCCAAUUGGCCUCAGGACAAUCAAGUAUGGGUUCAAUCAGGUUCCGAUCUGACAUGGUACUACAAUUACCAGGAAAUCCCAAGCCCGGCCUUCUCGGGCAAGACUCAGGCUGAGUUCGAGUUUGUCCCCAUGAUGUGGGGUGUCUCAUCGAACCCCCAAGACACGACAUUCCUUAAAAGUGUGACGAGCUUGAUCAAAGACAAAGGCAUCAACAUCACCCACGCCCUAGGCUUCAAUGAACCUGAUGGUCCCUCAUCCUAUGGCGGCAGUGAUGUUGCCCCUUCUAUCGCCGCCAAGGCCUGGGUUGCCAAUUUCAUUCCCCUUCAAGAGCUCGGCGUCAAGGUCGGUCUUCCCGCCUGCACCGGCGCUCCGGGCGGUUUGCCCUGGUUGAAGCAGUUCUUGGGCAACUGCUCCGCGCUCAUUAGCACCGACGGAGAGACCAAGAACUGCACAUACGACUUCCUCCCCGUACAUUGGUACGACAACUUCGGAGGCCUGGCGAGUCACAUUGGCGAACGUGUUGCAGCGUUCCCCGACACCAAGAUCUGGAUUACCGAGUAUGCCUACGCCAACCAGGAACUCUCCGCGACCCAGGACUUUUACAACAUGAGCGCAGAGUACUUUGACCGUAUCGACUACAUUGAGCGGUACACGUACUUUGGUGCUUUCCGCUCCAAGACGAGCAACGUUGGCCCCAACGCCUCGUUUUUGAACAACGACGGCAAGUUGACAGACAUUGGCUCAUGGUACCUCGGCAAGAGUGCCACGGGCGUGAAGCCGACGUCCGGUGACAGUAGCGCCGCCGUUCGUGGAGGCGCACCGGUGCUUACUGCGAUGGCAGCCACUAUCCUCGGUGCCGUCUUCAUUUUCGCCUCAUGA